UUAUGUAUGUGUUUGUAAGCAAAGUUUGAUUUAAAUCCUACACGGCACCUCAUAUGACGACACUUUUGAUGUGACCAUAUGUGACGCGCGACAAACACCGACAGAAUCACUGGACGAUCAUGACUGUGUUGCUUUUAACGGAUUCAAACCGAGCUACUGUUGUCGUCUGAUGGAAAGGAACUAACACACAUGGCUGUGUAACACUCACACAGACGCUAGUUUCACUUCAGACUAUGGAUGUCCCCAAAGACAGUAUCGAUAGUGUGAAAAUCAGAAGAAAGCUCCAUUGAUGCUGCAAUAAAGAUAGCAAGAGGACCUGAAAAUAAAAUCUGGCAAUGAUGGAUUUGUCUGCACAACCCAGUAGGAUGGACAGGAGUGGUAGCUUUCUUCAGCUUGUCGAUGCAUUUGCAUUGUCACUGGAUCAACUGGAGCAACAAAUCAUUCAUGCUGUGCAGGAAAAAGACAGAGAUCCAGACAGAGAUUCAGACACAUCCAUGCUCAUACAGAUAGAAGGAGAGUGUCUGCAGUAUCCUGAAGUCGAUGGUGCUUGUGCAAGCAGCGGUGUGAGUGUGUUGGACAAACUGAUACACACACACCCCAUCUGGCUUCUGCUUUCCAUCGACCAGCAAGAGGCCACUGGCAUCCUUCUGCAGCAGCCAGCUGGGGUGUUUUUGGUGUGGAAGUCAUCUGUCCUGCAAAAGAAGAUGUUGUCUUUUCAGAUGAGGGAUGCAUCAGACGCUUGUGUGCUCCACGUCCCUGUAAAGGAGAGCCAGUACACAUUUUCUCUGGAGGGCUCAAACAUCAGUUUUGCUGACCUCUUUCGUCUUGUGGCCUUUUAUUGUAUAAGCAGAGACAUUUUGCCCUCUACACUGAAGCUUCCUGAGGCCAUUUACUCUGCGGAAACCCUGUCUGAUCUGCAUGAAGUGGCCAAGCAAGGGGCAGGAUUCUGGGAAUGUUCUUUAAACCAACAACACAGGACAUUUUCUGCCCCUGGCAGUCUUCUAGUUCAGGGCAGGACAUCGAUCUGUAUAGAGGGCACCUGCUCUGAUGUAUUACCGGGAGAGGAUCAAACUUGCAGCCCAACUGGGAAUCUAAUCCCUCCAUUGACCGACAACAGCCCUAAUGCCUCCAAAGGUGAAAGUAGUAGUGCCCUGUCUUUUAUAAACCCAACUUUCCUCAAGACACAGCAAGAUCUCAGUCAAAAUGCAGCAACUGUGAUCACUGACGAUUUGGCAGCAGGAAACAGGAAAUCUCAUCCAGCUCCUCCACCUAGGCCUCCUCCUCCUCGCAUUUUAAUUUGUGGGCCUGUUGUACCUCAAAUUUCUAGGAAUAUGCCUUUACGUGCUUCCAGAAUGAGUCAAAGACCCAAAUCUGUCACUGGUUCCACAGGAUCCAAACACCCUAGCUCCAAAAAACCUGCACCGAGACCUCCAGAGCCUCCAGACAUCGACAGCUACCGUUGCACUAUUGCAUUAGAUGAUGAUACCAUCUCUAGAGCCAUAUCUCAAGCCAAUCAAAGCCAUACGACUCUAUUAAACCCAAGCAGCAGCAGCAUCCUGCAGCAGUGGACUGGACAAGAAGAGAAAGGGCGAAGCUCAAGCGGCCAAAGUUUGUCCACUUCCUCUUCCGACUCUCUGGAUUCUCCUCCGCAUCCGCUCCCUUUAGGCCAUGUGUCCCAGGGCCUCUCCACCGACGACAGUACUGAUGAUUACGAUGAAGAAGAGGAAGACUAUGGUGUGGGACUUGAACGGGAUCUUCAACUUCGCCUUCGCGCAUCCCGCAAGUCAAAGAAACUGCUGGCAGUCGAACUUGUCGGGACUCGUCCGAGAUCACUUGUCCUCCCGCGUGCAUUAAGACACUUCCGAAAAGUCCGCGGUGUGCUUAAUGUACUGGCUACUCCUGAAAAACGCAUCUUGCUCCAGAUCAUCGAGCUGUCCCAAGACAAAGGCUCCUACUUCGGGUGCCUAGUGCAGGAUUAUGUGAGCUUUGUACAGGAGAAUAAAAACUGCCAUUCGUCUAGUCAAGAUCUUCUGCAGACCAUCAGGCAGUUUAUGACCCAGAUGAAGGCUUACCUCAAGCAGAGCUCAGAGAUGAACCCGCCUAUAGAGUCUUACAUGCCUGAGGACCAGAUUGAUCCAGUGUUGGAGAAGGCCAUGCACAAGUGUGUGUUGAAACCACUGUACGGCUGUUUACACUCAGCGCUGCAUGAGUUCCAGGCGGCCGCUGGAGUCUGGCAGACGCUGCAGGAGAAUCUGGCUAUUGCCAAAACCAAACGACCCAAUGAGCUGGGAGUGAACGGAGCACAAGCACCAGACACACACGCCAUCCAGCGCAUCCGCAGAAAACUCCGAGCCAUGUGCAGCAUGUACUCGCCAGAGAGGAAGAUCAUGGUGCUGCUUAAAGUCUGCAAACUCAUCUACAGCAUUAUGCAAGAGCAUGAAGUGCGGAUGUUUGGAGCAGAUGAUUUCCUGCCCAUGUUGACGUAUGUGUUGGUCCAGUGUGACAUGCCUCAGUUGGACACCGAGAUCCUGUAUAUGAUGGAGCUGAUAGAUCCGCCUUUACUUCAUGGAGAAGGAGGUUAUUACCUUACCAGUGCGUAUGGAGCGAUGUCACUUAUUAAGAACUUCCAGGAAGAGCAGGCGGCUCGAAUACUCAGUUCAGCAACAAGCGACACUCUCCACCAGUGGCACCAGCGACGCACACUACAGAGAAACCUGCCGUCGGUGGACGACUUCCAGAACUACAUGCGCGUGGCUCUGCAGAAGGCCGACAGCGGCUGCACGGCUAAAACCCUCCAGGUUCGGCCUUACGCCACAACAGAAGAAGUGUGUCGUCUCUGCGCACUUAAAUUCCGCGUGUCGGACCCUGAAAACUACGGCCUGUUUCUCCUGACGGACGAAAGCAGUCAGCAGUUGGCCGCAGACACACACCCGCAGUGGAUAAAAGCAGAGUUACACAGUCGACCAAACCGACAGCCCUUUCACUUCGUCUACAGGAUGAAACCCAACACAAACACUUCCACUCCUGUAUCUUGAAAGCCACACGCUGCCUGAAAACUCAAUAGCAGGAAGGGAUUCGAUUUAAGGAAUGUGUUUAAAGAUGAAAGAUGUACUGUUUAUGAACACACUGGCUUGGUAAUAAGUAUAUAAUUGGGUGUUUUCCAUGCAUAGGGUACAUUUGAGUUGUUUAAUAAAAACAGUUUUACAGUAUGGGUUGCAUAUUUUGGUUAAAUUGAUUAAAAUGUAUGCAACUUAAGUACUUCAGCAAUAAUGCAGCAUAAGCUAGCUGGAUAACAGUGGAUUCAGACUUUAAAGUGUCUCGUCUUAAUCUUGUAUGGAUCAGGCGAUUUUUAGAAAAGGGGGUGCUGAGUGCAAUCUUGGCAUGUGACAGAAGGGAAACAUAUGCUGGAAUAGAUGGUGAUGUAUUCCGCUGUGGUGACCUCUCAUAAAUCGGAGACUAAGCCGAAGGAAAAUGAAGUGAUGAAUGGAAGGGGCUUUUGCACCAGAGGAACUUUGUAGUUGCAACCAGACAUAGCCACAUAUUUCACAGUUCAUAGCCCUGGGUACAUAUUCCCAAUGAGCCUGGAUUGUUUUUUUUUGUUCCAUUUUUAUUUAUUUGGUUUGUUUUUACGAUUAAGAAUUAAGGCUUAAAGGCCGCGACACGGCAAGCUGAUGGCAGCCGACUGAAACAAGCAACAUUGGCUCAUUUUGAAAACGUUGCGCUAUAUACAUUUCUGGUGAUCGGGAAUUACAGCAUGUAGCCAGAGGUACGUAUGACUGCUUUUUGGCGUUAAAACAAACACUAUGGGGAGGUAUGACGCCGUUCCCUUUUUGCGCUCACCAGCUGAUUGCUUACCUCCAUGUGGACGGCUUUACUGCUGUUACCAGUUUGUCCAGUGCUUGCCAUGUAUGUCAGCGGACUUGUGACGUGAAACGAAGUUGACAGUGACGACGGAGUUCGAGUUAGGUGAAGAACGGUUCCAGAAAACAGGUAAGACAAAACCAAAAGCCAAAACAGAAAAUCAACAAGUAAUAACAGUGUCAGAAUGUGGUAAAAUCUGAAAACGUGGUAAAAUUUUCAGGAUUGAAUGCACUGUUGGUUGGGUUUAGGGAAAUGGGUGGCCGCUGGUUAAUCAGUGCUUUUGAAAACACUAUCGGUUGGGUUUAGGUUAAGGGUGUGGGUGGGUCAGUUAAACAGACAGUCAGAACAGCAGGCACGAAUGGCACUCGUGAGAGAAAUUUAAGAUCUGAAAAAUCAUACACAGCGGCCUCUGGUGGAUUUGCGAAAACAAAAACUGCAA